UCAAAUGUACAAUGGAUAAGAAAGUUAUUGAUGAGACGAAUCCGAUGGUAUUGUACGAACGUUCCCCCAACUUUUCAGAACUCGAAUUCGGCCGAUUUAACGCAGGAUUUGUGUUAAUCCUUGAUGCUGCUGGUGCUGCUGAUACACCCCAAUUAGAAAAUGGAAGAAGAAAACUGAAAUGAUUUUCAAGCUCUUCAUCGAAUGCCCUCUUUUUGCUGGCCCGACUCCGAGUUACGACUAGAAAUUCCAUAUCAAUUUGAAGAAAUUGAAGAUAGAUAAUGCUAAAAGCUGUUCAGCUUUUCGGUUGCUCAUCUGGGUUUGCUUCGAAUCUUCUGAAACCCAAUAGUAUUGUUGGAUUCAGUUUUAAUUUCGUCUCCUCCAAACCGUUGUCAACACCAUCUUCAUUAUCUUGUUCUUCUUCAAAAUUAUCAUGUGCUAGCAUCGCCUCACAGUUCUUGGCUUCUCGAACUGGUUCUUUUAAAGCAUUUUGUGGGUCUGCAUUUUCUGAGGCAAAUCCGGAAGGCACUUCCUCUUCUCCCUUGUCUAUGUCAGAAUCACCACCGCCAUCAUCUUCGACUGUAGUCCAGUCAGCUGUGGGUCAUUCUCUUAACUUACUGGAAAAAAUUCGUAAUAUACGUUUCUGUCAGUGGUGCGGAGGCCAAACAAAGCAUGGAAUACCUGAUGGAGAGGAGAAAUUGAGAGCCAUUUGCACAGUUUGUGGGAAGAUAACCUAUCAGAAUCCAAAAAUGGUCGUGGGUUGUUUGAUUCAUCACGACAACAAGAUAUUACUUUGCAAGAGGAAGAUCGAGCCAUCUUAUGGCCUUUGGACUCUUCCAGCUGGUUACUUGGAAAUUGGCGAGUCGGCUGCUGAUGGUGCAAUUAGGGAAACCUUGGAAGAAGCAAAUGCAGAAGUGGAAGUUAUAUCCCCUUUUGCUCAGUUAGAUAUCCCUCUAAUUGGCCAAACAUAUAUAAUCUUCAUGGGAAGGUUGAAGAAACCCCAUUUCUGUCCUGGUCCAGAGUCCCUAGAAUGCCGCCUUUUUUCUCUUGACGAUCUACCUUUUGAUUCUCUUGCAUUUUCAUCCAUGUUGGUUACCUUAAGAUUGUAUGUUGAGGAUGUCAAGGCAGGGAAAAUCACGUUCCAUUAUGGCACCAUCAAUAAAAGGCCUGGCACAGGUGCUUCGGAUAUUCAUGCCUAUACUCUUGAUUAUCAUCUAAGAUUGUGACAAGUUAAGAAGCUGAAGAGUAGGACUUGGACUUUCAAGUUGAGACAAGAAAUCUUCCAUUCUUGAAGAUCAUAGCAAUUCAACCUUGACUUUUGUAAUGUGAUAAGGAGCAACAUUGAUAUGUAUGUUUUUCAAACAAAAAAAAGAAAGAAAAAAGAAAAACAUUAAUAUAUACUUCUUUUUGAGGAUCAUUAUUUGGGAGUGCAUUUUCGAAAGCUAUUAAAGAUAUACAUCAAUGGCUAAAUGUAUAAUUAUGUUCUUAAUGUUUGUGUCAUUUACAAGCUUCAUUUUAGUUGAAACUUUUAGGAAGACCU